AUGGCCCUGGCGGCCGCUGCGGGCAGCCCCCCGCCUGGCCUGGCGGCCGCCCUAGACGACUGCAUGGAGGCCAUGAACGCCUUCCUCUGCAACCAGUUCAGCGAGAGCCUGGAGAAACUGCAGCCCAGGACCAAGGAGAGCAUGUACCACGCCCUGGUCUACGCCACCAUCUUGGAGAUGCAGGCCAUGAUGACCUUCGAGCACGAGGACAUUGUGCAGGCCGGGCAGACCAUGAAGGAGGCGCAGGAGAUUUGCCAGAGGUUUCGGAGGAAAUCCAGCGUGACUGGCUCCCUCUCCGGCCUGGUCAGCAAGGCGGAUUCGUUCACCGAGGUGGAGCUGCACGCCGAGGUCUGCUACGCGGAGUGUCUACUGCAGCGGGCGGCCCUGACCUUCCUGCAGGACGAGAACAUGGUGAAUUUCAUCAAGGGGGGGAUCAAGGUGCGGAGCAGCUACCUGAUCUACAGGGAACUGAGCAGUUUCAUCCAGUCCAGUCACUGCACAGCAGGCGCUGCCCACGUACACUUAGAGGGAGGGGUGGCACUGGGCAUCGGCGCCUUUAAUCUGACGCUCUCUCUCUUCCCUCCGCGGAUCCUGAAGCUGCUGGAAUUCGCUGGUUUUUCGGGGGACAAGGAGUACGGGCUGCAGCAGCUGCACGAGGGAGCGACCACCCUGAACCUGCGGGCCCUGCUCUGCACCAUGCUGCUCCUCUGCUACUACACCUUCCUCACCUUCAUCCUGGGGAUCGGGGAGGACGAUUUCACGGAAGCUGAGAGCCUGCUGAGACCCUACCUCCUUCGCUACCCCAAGAGCGCCAUCUUCCUCUUCUUCGCCGGCAGGAUAGAGGAGAUCAAAGGGAACAUCAGCGAGGCUAUCUGCAGGUUCGAGGCGGGCUGCUCGGCCCAGCAGGCCUGGAAGCAGUUCCACCACAUGUGCUACUGGGAGCUGAUGUGGUGCUAUGCCUACAAGGGCAUGUGGAAGAUGGCCUAUUUCUACGCCGACCUGCUGAGCAAGGAGAACCGCUGGUCCAAGGCCAUGUACGUGUAUAUGAAAGCCGCCUUCCUCAGCAUGCUGCCCCCCGAGGAGCCCCGGCCCUUCGGGGAGAGCGAGGUGGAGCUGUUCAGGCAGGUGUCAUCUUUUAAGCAGAAGAUCGCGGGCAAGUCUCCCCCCACGGAGAAGUUUGCCAUCCGGAAAGCCCGGCGUUAUAAGGGCAGCCGCCCGGUCCCUUUGCCAGUGCCAGCCCUGGAGAUGAUGUACAUGUGGAACGGCUUCACUGUGCUGGGCAAGCAGCGGGAGCUGCUGGAGGGGACGCUGGAGACACUGACGCAGGCCGAGAAGAAGCUGCAGGAGUCGCCAGCCAGCGAGUACCAGACGGACGACCGGUGCCUCCUGCUGCUGCUCAGGGGGCUUUGCAUGAAGCACCUGCAGAGCCCGGCCGAGGCGGAGGCCUGCUUCAGCGCCGUGCAGGGCAGUGAGAAGCGGCUCCGCUACGAUCACUACCUGGUGCCCGUCCCGCUGCUGCGCCGAGCCAGGAACAACUACAAGAACUAUUCCAUGGAGUCCCGGACGCUCUUCCGGAUCCACGCGGUUCUGUCCCGGCUCAGGGCUGACCAGGAGGAGAACGGCAUGGAAGGUCCCAGCUCCUCCUAA